CGGCCUCAGCGGAGGGCGCUGCUUUGCGCUGAGGGAAGCUGCCCUUGGUUGUCUGCCCGUUCGCGGUCUGCUUCCCAUAGGAGCCGCUUCAUGAGUUGGUCUCAAGUAUUUUAACUAAACUCAGCUGCGCCUGGUUUGGGGGAAAAGCGUUCCGGAUUUAUCCAUUUGGGGUGGAAAGAGUCUGUGCCAGGCGUCUCAAGCUGUUUAAAGAGCAUUUAGGCUUGUUGUACUUAAAACUUGUCCCGUUUUCUUUUCCUAGUUUGUAGAUUUUUUUUUUUAAUUUCGUUUUUGCUUCAUCACACGUUUUGAAAGAUGCAUGGAAAGUGGGGACCCAGGAGGUGCGUUAGCUUGAGGGACAGUAACACUUGUUGAUUUCCCUGGACCUGUGGGAUUUAAGAGUGUCUCUCCUAAGAAAGUCUGCUGCUUCUACACCCUUCCAUCUUAGUGUGGAAUUGAUGAUUUCACUUGAAGUACUUAUUUGAAGAAAUUAACAAUAGGCAAGGUGUAAUUGUUCUUUAAAAAUGUUGAAAGUUCAGCAGUGUGUAACAGCUAACAGGAUACCCAGGAAAAGACCAUAUGUUUGUGACAUUUGCUAUAAACAGUUUGAAACUCCAUCAAAAUUAGCUAGGCAUUAUCUGAUACAUACUGGUCAAAAGCCAUUUGAAUGUCAUGUAUGCCAUAAAACGUUCAGACAGCUAGUCCAUCUGGACAGGCAUCAGUUAACUCACAACCUGCCUUUUAAGUGUAUUGUUUGUCACAGAAACUUCAAAAACUUAAUCACUUUCUUUAAACAUCAGCAGCUUCAUAAUGAAAAUUACCAGAAUGAUAUCAAGCAAGCAGAAAAACCUGUGGAUUUAAAGCAAGAUAGGGCCUUUUGUGGCAUAUUUCGAUGUUCUGUUUGCCGGAAAUCUUUUGCAACUGAAGAGAGGUGGAUGCUGCAUCAGUGCCCAAAGGCAGAUCAUCUACGUAGUACCAGAAGGAGAAAGAAAACUCAUGCUUGUGAAUCAUGCAACAAGACAUUUCCAUCAAGAUCUAAACUACAAAGACAUUUUCUUAUUCACACUGGUCAGAAACCCUUUAAGUGUUCUUCAUGUGGUAAAUCUUUCAGACAGUCAACACACUUAAAAAUCCAUCAGCUCACACACACAGAAGAAAGGCCUUUUCAGUGUUGUUUUUGUCAGAAGGGGUUUAAAAUACAGAGCAAACUCAUGAAGCACAAACAGCUCCACGCUAGAAAUAAGACCUACCCCAAUAUUAUAUACAAAGUGAAGAAUCUUAAAUAUUCUAGACCACAAAACUCAUUGGAAGGAAAGAGGGAUAGUUUGGAGAAUGCUGAUACUUACGAGUCCCAAGAGAAUGACCCUCAUGAUGCUCAUUCUGUUUAUAUUGUACCCUACCAGUGCCCAGUGUGUGAGCAGUGUUUUGAAACAGAACAGGUUCUGAAUUUGCACAAAUGUUUUUACCUGAGAGAUGGCAGAAGUUCAAAUAAUGGUACAGCAGUGUGCAGCCGCAAAGUCAGCAUGAAAAAUAAGAUUUUGAUGAAGCUGAAGCAUGCUGGAGAAAAGGCAUCAAAUUCUUCUCUGCCUGACAGAAAAAGAAUUAAGUCAAGUCACUUGAGAAGUCGUGACCCGAUUGCAGCUAGAGAUCAGCGUUCUGAUCAGAGUGCUUCUACUAAACCUUUCAAGGACUGCCAUAGCAAGCUUGUCAUGCACAAGGCGAUUAGUAAUAAGAAAAGAAGAGCGUUCACUGUGCCAUUACCUUGGCAAGAGCACCUGCAACAUCACGAGUUAGGAAUUAACUUAAAAGGUAUGCUUACUGGUGAAAGAAUGUUAAACGUCGAUGAAUCAGUGCAUAAUAAAGAUGAUGCUUUUUAUGGUUCAUCAGAUGAUGGUUUCUUUGAUAAUCCAGAAGUACUUCACUGUGCUUUUUCAGCUCCUACUGAAAAUAUACAUAACAGACACAAAGUGUGUAAAUGUGACAGAUGUGAAAAAAUCUUUCCUUCUUCAUCCAAACUUCAAAGACAUUAUCUUAUACACACAGGACAGAAGCCCUUUGGCUGUAAUGUUUGUGGGAAGACAUUUAGACAGUCAGCUCACUUAAAACGACAUCAGCUCACCCAUACUGAAAAGAGAUCCUGUAAAAGCCCCCUUUGCCAGGUGAAAUUUGAAAAUCUGAACAAACUUUUCAAUCAUCAGGGAGAUCACAUUGAAUUUAAGUCUUCUCAGCCUGUGGGUUAUUCCCAAAGACCUUCACAGGAAUCUGGCUUUCAAGAUUUUGUGCUGAUUCAGUCAAAUCAAGCAGCUGAAAUCAAAGUUGAAAUUGAGCCCGGGGACUUUGUUCUGGACACCAGCAGUAGAGACGCACAGCCAUAUUUGUGCAGUAAAUCCCUGAAAACAGAGCAAAGCCCUUACAGUCAUUGUUACAAUGUUUCUGAAGGUUCAGGAAAAAGUGAAGUUAUUAAGAAAUUAUAUCAAUGCAGUGUUUGCUUUAAAACAUUUAAAUCACCUUCUAAGCUCGAAAGACAUUAUCUAAUGCAUGCUGGACAGAAGCCGUUUGAAUGUUCAGUUUGUGGUAAAAAUUUUAGACAGGCCCCACAUUUGAAAAGGCAUCACCUUACUCACUUUAAAAAGAGAGCUUAAACAUCAGUUCAACUGAGUAGGAUAGCAGCCACCAGAGAAAUUGUUUUCAUCAAAAAUUGAUAGUGUCCCACUAAAUUAUGUCAAACAUUUUGGUUACCUAAUUAGUAAAAGGCUGCUAUUGACUGAACGGUUGACUGAAAGGAGUUCUCUCUUAUGUUAUGGAGAUGACCUGAAGAAAAGUUCAUUUACUGUCUUCAAAACUGUCUACCUGAUGUGAUUUGUGAUGUAUCUGAGACUAUGGUAAAAACAAAAAAAAAAGGAACAAAAAACCAUUAUACAUUUCUUUUCUUUAAAGGGAUUUAUAAAUGCACGUUGUUACUGCAUUAUUAGUGUUGUGGCAAUGUGCAGUGCUCUCUGAAUCAGGUAUUUUAAACGUUAUACCUUUUCCUGUCUAGUAUUUGUGGUAGUAUGCAGUCCAAUGAUAUCUAUCAAAAAGUAAAGAUAAAAAGGUAAUUCCCAGCAUACAGAAAAAUGGUCCUUUUACAUUCUCCUGCCUUCCUAGAUGUUGCAAACAAAGAACACUUGCUUUGUUUAGUUUGUGCUUUUUUAAAAACUGAUGGUUAUUUUUAGACUGAGAAGAUUCAAAAAAGAAAAAACUGAAGCAGAAAAAGUCUAAUGAGAAAAAUUGUUUAUGUAGCAAUAUAGAACACUUAAUAGAGAAAAAUGUUUACUGCUUUGUAAUGUGCUUGGAAAUCUAUGGAUUAUAUAGAGCAAUUAGGUAAUUUUCCUUAUGACACAGUAUGAGUAGACAUGCUAAAGUACUAAGGUUUAUGAUCAGUUCAUCCCUUUCACCACUUCAUUAUCUCUUCUUCUUAGUGUACUUCUUGCCUUUUCUAGUUUUUUGGUCAGUUCUGAAGUAUUUUGCUGCAAGAGGAUAAGAAAUUAAUAUUAUUGCACACACGUACUGUCUGCUCACGGAGUACUGGUCUGCUUUCCUUCUAGCAUACAUAUUGCACCAGUUACAGAAAAAUUUUCUAAGAUGUGAUAAUAACUAUGACACGCAGCUUUGUCAGAAAGUCAUAUUCUCGUUACAUUAAGUGUAAGAAACUGAAAAUGACAUUUAGUUCAAAUUAAUUCCCGUUUGUAUUAAGAGAAUCUGUAAGUAUACUUACUUUCUGGUAAGUGGAGGGCUUUGCCUCUUGUGCCCAUGGGGUUGGCAAAAGCUAUAAAUUUAGUGGAACUUUAUUCAUUUUGAGUAAGAAAUUCAUUUUUUUCCUCUGAAAAAACUACCUUUUAUUAGUAUGUUUUCCGCUGUUGUGCAACUUCUGAAUCGUUGAAACACAAAGUUUUAAUUCUGUGUCUAAAUUAACAUAACUGUAAGAUACAUGGCAUUCUUUUCACUAUUUAAAUAGAUCAAUAUUUAUUUAAGUAACUUGUUUUUGACUUUUUAAUUUUUGAAGUGUUUUAUCUAGGUCUUGUUGUGGCAUAAGCUCUGUAGUAUUCAGUAUAAAUGAAGUGACGGGUGAAGGGUUUUUUUAUUUUAUUUUCCUACAUGUGACUCUUUCCCAUCUUCAGAGAGACUGAAACCAAGAAAAAUACUUGGAAACAGUCUGUAGUUACUGUGAUCUUUGUAUGACAGGCUAAUUCAGUACCUUAAGAUUGACUAUAGCUGUGCAUUGAGGUUCUUUUCUCCCUAUGUGAAUUGUUUCAUAUUGAAAGACAGAACACUGUAUAAAAUGUUUUGAAGGUGUAUUGUAGAGCUCUUUUAAAAUACUUGUAAUAAACUAUUUUAUUUAUAUUUUACUUUUAUUGUACACUUUAUGUGCAAAGUAGAGUUUUGAAACUGCAGAGCAUUCAAUAUGCAGAA